AGCCACGAUUUUCCACGCGCAGAAGUAAAGUGGAAGCGCUGCAUGUUUUCCUCAGCUCUUCUUCUCUUGCUCAUAUUUAACGCUCUGCCGCCUUCCUCUGAGUUCAGCCCGAAGCGCUUGACAUGGAAGAAGGUUUCGUAGUUCUUCCAAAUUCCUUUCCGGCUUUAGGGGUAUUUUAGUGACAUAAAAAGCGCAGAUUUUUUUUGAGCAGAGUUGCCUUUUCGUACAGGUUCUGGCGACGUGUCUCCAAUGACCGCGGGAAGAUGCCAUUUUCAGGUGCUUCGGGAAGAAGGUAAAGCUUUUUGCUGUUACAGUGAUCCCACCAGCAUUUUUUGGUGACCACCAUGACACCACAGUCCCCAAAAUCUCUGUUACAUCAUUACUGUGGAAUACUUUGGGUGUUUGGAUGGAGCGACAGUCAUUUCACCACAUGGCCCCAUGUCCUGUGGAUGCUGUGGAUGUGGAUGCUGAGUCCAGGCUUGUGGGCUCAUCAAGGCACUCAGCCUCAUUCUAUCAAGAUAGAGGGAGACAUCACCCUGGGUGGUCUUUUUCCGGUGCAUUCCAGGGGACCCGCAGGUGUCCCAUGUGGAGAGAUCAAGAAGGAAAAGGGCAUUCAUAGAAUGGAGGCCAUGCUCUAUGCUCUGGACCAGAUCAACAGUGAUCCCUACCUGCUGCCCAACAUUACCCUGGGUGCACGGAUCCUUGACACCUGUUCCCGAGACACCUACGCCCUCGAGCAGUCACUCACGUUUGUUCAGGCAUUGAUCCAGAAGGACACCUCUGAUAUACGCUGCUCUAACGGCGAGCCACCCAUCAUCCGGAAACCAGAGCGCGUUGUGGGGGUCAUUGGGGCGUCGGCCAGUUCUGUGUCCAUCAUGGUUGCCAAUGUCCUCCGGCUCUUUGAGAUCCCACAGAUCAGUUACGCUUCGACGGCCCCGGAAUUGAGCGACAACAACCGCUAUGACUUCUUCUCUCGCGUCGUCCCUCCUGACUCCUACCAGGCUCAGACUAUGGUGGACAUUGUCAAGGCAUUGGGCUGGAACUACGUGUCCACACUAGCUUCUGAAGGAAACUAUGGAGAGAGCGGAGUCGAUGCCUUUAUCCAGAUCUCCAGGGAGGCAGGAGGUCUUUGCAUUGCCCAGUCUCUGAAGAUUCCUCGGGAGCCAAAACCAGGGGAAUUUGACAAGAUCAUCAAGCGACUCAUGGAGACCUCCAAUGCACGUGGCGUCAUCAUCUUUGCCAAUGAGGAUGACAUCAAACGUGUCCUGGAAGCAGCCAAGAAGGCCAACCUGACAGGUCACUUCCUAUUUGUGGGCUCUGACAGCUGGGGGGCCAAGAAUUCGCCUAUCUUAGAUCAGGAGGAUGUGGCUGAGGGGGCAGUUACCAUUCUGCCCAAAAGAGCCUCCAUUGAAGGGUUCGACCUGUAUUUUACCACAAGGUCUCUAGAGAACAACCGCAGAAAUAUUUGGUUCGCAGAAUUCUGGGAGGAUGACUUCAAGUGUAAGUUGACACGGCCGGGUAUUAAACUGGACAGUGACAAGAAAAAAUGCACAGGUGAAGAGAGGAUCAGCCGUGACUCAUCAUAUGAGCAGGAGGGAAAGGUGCAGUUUGUCAUCGAUGCCGUGUAUGCCAUGGCACAUGCCCUACACAACAUGCAUAUGGACCUCUGCCCAGGCCACACAGGAGUCUGUGACAAGAUGGACCCUGUGGAGGGACGCCUGCUACUCAACUACAUCCACUCGGUCAACUUCAACGGCAGUGCAGGCACUGCGGUCUUGUUCAAUGAAAAUGGCGAUGCUCCCGGACGUUAUGACAUCUUCCAGUACCAGAUGUCCAACACCACCAGCCCUGGGUACAAGGUCAUUGGGCAAUGGACCAACAAUCUACGACUGAAUAUGGAGGAAAUGCAGUUCUCGGGCGGUUCUCGCCAGGCCCCAGACUCUGUGUGUAGCUUCCCCUGUAACCCCGGGGAACGGAAAAAGAUGGUGAAGGGUGUCCCAUGCUGCUGGCACUGUGAGCUAUGCGAUGGUUAUCAGUACCAGCUGGAUGAAUUCACCUGUGAGAUAUGCCCUUUUGACAUGAGACCCACGGAGAAUCGCACUGGCUGUCGGCCCACACCCAUCAUCAAACUUGAGUGGCACUCACCUUGGGCUAUAAUCCCCGUCUUCUUGGCCAUCCUGGGCAUCCUGGCCACUUUAUCUGUGGUCAUCACUUUCAUCCGCUUCAACGACACGCCUAUUGUAAGGGCCUCUGGCCGGGAACUCAGCUAUGUCCUGCUAACGGGAAUCUUCCUGAUCUACCUCAUCACCUUCCUGAUGAUUGCAGAGCCAGGUGCUGUGGUAUGUGCUUUCCGCCGGCUGUUGCUGGGCCUUGGCAUGUGCAUCAGCUAUGCUGCCAUGCUAACCAAGACAAACCGCAUCUACCGCAUUUUUGAGCAAGGCAAGAAGUCCGUCACGCCACCCAAGUUCAUCAGUCCCACUUCCCAGCUGGUGAUCACAUUUGUCCUCAUUUCUGUGCAGGUGGUGGGCGUGUUCAUCUGGUUCGCUGUGGUCCCACCUCACACCAUCAUUGACUAUGAAGAGCUACGGCCACCGAACCCAGAGCUGGCACGUGGCAUCCUCAAGUGCGACAUGUCGGAUCUAUCCCUCAUCUCUUGCCUGAGCUACAGCAUCGUGUUGAUGGUGACGUGUACCGUUUACGCUGUCAAAAGCAGGGGUGUGCCAGAGACCUUCAACGAGGCAAAGCCCAUUGGCUUCACUAUGUACACCACAUGUAUCAUCUGGCUGGCCUUUGUACCCAUCUUCUUUGGCACAGCACAGUCCACAGAGAAGAUGUACAUCCAGACAACCACACUGACUGUCUCCAUGAGCCUCAGCGCCUCUGUGUCCCUGGGGAUGCUCUACAUGCCCAAGGUCUACGUCAUCAUCUUCCACCCGGAGCAGAAUGUGCAGAAGCGCAAACGCAGCUUCAAGGCCGUGGUGCAGGCAGCCACCAUGUCCACGCGCCUGUCCACCAAGUCCAACGACAAGCAGAAUGGCGAGACCAAAAUUGAGCCAGACAGAACACAGUAACUCCUUGGGAAUUGUUACUAAUUACAGCAGCCUUGACAUGCAACAGAGAGAAAUCCAGGAGAAGGAACUGUGUCUGCAAACAACACCUUGGAAAUUCCAGAGAGGAUGAAGAUACUGUGCCAUGAACCAACUCUGGGUGCAGCUUCAAAAAAGACAAGUCUCCAGUUUCAAAGUGAUUGAAGUCUUUCAAAUUAUGACGUAUGAUGUCAUCUUGCAUUUGUUUUGACGCCACAUA